GAAUAUUGCAAAAAUCUUUCCGUUUGUUAUUUUAUUUAGCCAUGGCCAUCAAUCAAAUUUUGGGGUCACCAGGAAAUGUGCUGCCAAUUAUUUCAGAGUCAACAAGAAUCAAUCGAUUGAUCGAUAGCUUGCCAAACCAAGAGUGUAAUUUUUACCCAUCGCUAGAUAAACUAAAAAAAACCCACAAAAUUGAUUAAUUCCACGGAAGACGCGAAAGGGGCAGAAAAUCCGAGACAUGUCCAAUGAAAAGGAGGACGAGUGCGACAAGCACAAGCAGAAGGCGCCGGAGGCUGACGCCAAGUCGACGUCCAGUGAGGAUUCAGAUGAGUAUCAGUCGGCCGGUGAGGGUGAGGAUGGAGAAGGUGACGGUGAUUCCCCAGCGGAGCACCCACCGCCGAAAGCCACCACACCAGUCACCUCCACGCCCACAGACAAGGCAGCACCCGCUCCGCCUACGGAUGCACCCACGUUCGAGCCCAUGGAUUAUCCAAUGCACCAGAGCGUGUUCGAGGACGACAUUAAAACGCUGCAGCGCCGUCUCCUUUUGAGCACAGCCCAGUACGAGGUGGGCCGGAAGGACAAGCACGGUAACACACCGCUUCAUCUGGCGGUAAUGCUCGGCAGGAAGCACGCCGUACGCCUGCUGCUCGCCCAAAACGCCCCAGUGAAGAUAAAAAAUAACGAAGGCUGGUCCCCGCUAUCCGAGGCCAUCAGCUACGGCGACCGCCAGACAAUCACCCAGGUGCUGCGCAUGCUCAAGUUGCAGUCCCGCGAACACAUGGAAAGCCGUCGCGAGAAGCUGGUGAACGCACUGCGCCAGAUGCAGGACUUUUACAUGGAGUUCAAGUGGGACUUUCAGUCCUGGCUGCCGCUAGUCUCGCGCAUCCUGCCUUCGGAUAUUUGCCGGCUAUACAAGUCGGGCGCCUCCAUUCGUCUAGACACCACCCUCGUGGACUUUAACGACAUGCGAUGGGAGCGCGGUGACAUAUCUUUCUUGUUUCGCGGGGAGGCCCCGCCACGGGAAUCGUUGGUGCUGCUAGACAACGAGCAGGAGUGCUACCAGCGUCUGCGCUACGAAGAGUCCGACAUGGAGGACGAGGUAGAUGUACUUAUGUCCACCGACAUUCUGGCUACCCAGAUGUCCACCAAGACGAUACAGUUCGCCAGGGCGCAGCGCGGCUGGAUAUUCCGCGCGAAUCGCAAAGAAUUGAUUGGCGGGCAGUAUCAGUGCGAGAUCUACACCAUUCAGGGUUUGAUCCUAAAGCAGCGCAAAAGGCGCGAACACCUGUCGCACGAGGAUUUGCAAAAGAACCGCGCCAUUGUCGAGACAAUCACCAAGGGUGGCAGUCAGCAGCCGGAUGCCAGGCGCUCCAGCCUUGGGAGCCAGCACACGGCCACGCCACCCGAAACCAACACGCCGACAGCUCCCAAUGGGAUCACACUGCCGGAACUGCCGCGUCGCAGUUCGCUGCAGGCUCCUCCGGCCACCACAGUGACCUGGAGACAGUACAUUGACGCGGAGGUGGGCAAGUGCCCGCAAUUGGGCAGGACGCCCGUGCACAAGCAGUCUAACAAGACGCUUCGCGCAACGGUAGCGAUGAGCAAGGACUUCCCCCUUAGCGUGGACAUGCUGCUAGACGUUCUGGAAGUCGUGGCACCCCUCAAACACAUCAACAAGCUACGUGAGUUCGUCACACUCAAGCUGCCUUCUGGCUUUCCGGUCAAGAUUGAGAUACCUGUACUGCACACGGUCACCGCCAAGGUGACGUUCCAGAAGUUUGAGUUCCGCGACAACAUCCCCGCGAAGAUGUUCGAGGUGCCGUCGCACUACUGGGAGGAUGUGCGUCGCUUUCAGGACUUAUGACCAGGCGAGGGUGAAGCCGCGCCAAAGGCCAAAGCAGCAGCCGCCGGAUCGACCGAAGCCGCGACUGGCAUCCGUGUCGAUUUGAAUCGCAAUGCGUCGCCGCCCUCUAUUGCGGAGUUUGAUUAGGGUGCAUCCGCGGCGGCGCCAGUCCCUUGUCCUGCCUGCCCCAGACUUCGUGUCGUGUUUUUUGAGCUCUCCAGCGAUAACCGGACGAUACCGCUCAUAGGGGCCCCGUGUUUAUGUAUGUAUGCUUAAGAGGAAACCACCCACACACAAAAAUUGCAAUUUUCAUUAGAGGAAUCUAUUUAUUGGCAAACCAAAUUGAACUUUUCUUUUGCUUUUGGUGGCAAAGUAGUUCAAAUUUCAAUGUGAAGCUCUGAAAAUUGCAAUUUUACACUUACGUUUUGUUAUGUAAUGUAUUUGUUUAUAAUAAGCUCUGUUUCUAAGGGGUAUUUCUUCGUUGUAUUUAUUGUUAGAAGCGACAACAUUCUGCCCAGGCUCGAAACUUUUUCAUAACCCCAGAGUGAAUCACUUCUGAGUAAGUGGUGUUAUGAUAUGCCCGCCCUAUGGGGAGGGGUCUAAAAACAGCUGCACUAUCGGCUAGAAACCAGAAAGUUCUAUUCCCCAAAUUGCCUUUCCUAUCUCGUGCUAAUCGUGUUGGUAAAAAGGUAAAAGAAAAUGUCCAAUCGAAAGAAACGCCGGCAUAUAGCCACGAUCCCUCCUACAUAAUCAAAAGGCAGUUAGUGAUCGAUCAGAAGUUUGCGCACAGAUCGUGUCACAUGCCACUUAUCAUUUUAUUUAUGUCUACAUCCCUUUCCGUGAUUAGUGCAAUUUCAUACCUAUAGUUUAAGGUAAACUAAGGAAGGCGAAAGUUUAUUUUCGCCCCUUUUUAAAGAGUCUGCAUACCCGCUGGAAGAGCGUAUAUCCAACAUACGCUAUUCUUUUUAUACUUAGGCUACGAGUACAAGAAAAUGGUCCGCAAAACAAUUUCCAACAUUUUUUCAUAAUAGUCUCAAGUAUUUCGAAGUGCGCAAAAAUAAAAACCGCUUCACAAAUCAAUUAUAAAUAAAUAUUUAUGCAUAUACCUAUGUAUUUAUGUAGUUACAUUUUAGCCAAUCAUUUAAACCGUAAAAUGCGUCUGUACUUGUAUUGUAUUUGUUAAUUAUCAAAAGCGGCUAGCGCCGAAUCAGUUUCGGUUCGCCCUGCUUUGCUGUGAUUUUGCCCUUAUAACCACAAUUGUUUGCCUACUGCAGAAUAUGACUAAGCGCUAUGUAUUUAUUUAAAACUGCCAUUGUUUAUUUUUUCCGGCACAAGUUCUGUUCUUUUAUAGAAUUCCACCACAUAAGUAAAGUCCAUGCUAUAAUCAAAGAAAAACGUUUUAAAACAUUUAAUAAACUGUAAUUCUAAAUCCAAACACAUCCACAACAAAAAGUCGCAUAUAAACAAAUUCGGUAUAUUUUACUAGUUAAGGGCAAUCGAUUGAAAUACAUAUAUAUUUAUAUUUAUACGUGGCCACCCUGAUUGUAACUGAACCGAAACUUUGUAUAAGCUCUAAAAAAUAAAUAUAUACACACAUCCGCAAGCUGUAAAAUGUGCAACCCAAGUGAAA